AUGACAAGGCUCUACACCCAAGGUAUAUCCGACAGCGUGGCCUCCUUCACCGUCAUCUCCUCUGUGGUCCUUUCCGACGUCACAGCCUUCGUCUCGCUCGCCAUUUCGUUCGCAGCCCCCUCCAUCUCCGUCCUCGGCAGUGUCUUGGAUGGCACGGUAGUCGUUCAGUUGAUGGCCAGCCAUUGA